GGUUAUUUAGUUGUUGUUUUUUUUGGGCGGGGGGGGGGAUUUUCCUUCAGGACGAUAAAGUUGAUCUGGUUUUAACGUGGCUAAUCCGAUUAUACAUUAAUGAACAUUUAAGCCUACUUGUGGGCUUCGAGCCGACUGUAAAGAUUUACAUAAAAAUGUCAAACUUUCACAGCGUUUCAAGAUGAUGAGAAGAUGUAUUAUUGUGUUAAUACAUUGUAUACAUUCAUUCAAUGUAAGAUUGUUGCAUAACUAGGUUCUGAAAACGAUAUAAUGACAAUUUGAAUAAGGAGAACCAAGAUGUAGCCAAUGGGGAGUCUUGGUCCUGCCCCUUUUGUUUAAGAAGAGGCAGUAAUAAUUGACUGGAUGCGUUUCAAGAAAUGAAUAAAAGGUGUUGAAUGCGGUGAUGGAUGGCCUCAAACCAUAUAUUAGACUGUUAGCAUUUUGCAUGUCUAAGGAGUAUAAUAUGAGUUACAAGAUUUCGAUUUGUUGAGUAUGAACAGUUUUCUUUCUCAAAUUGAUAUGUGUAAAGAUGAAUACAUCAUUUACGAUCUGUAUCGAUAUGUGUAAUGGUCAAUACAUAAUUUAUGAAAUGUAAUGAUGUGUGCAAUGCUUAAUGCAUCUUUUAUGUUUUCUCUGUCUGGAUUAGAAGACACAAUGAACCAGAGACUCCCACUUUUCUUUCUUUCUUUACUUUGCUAUUUUGUCAUUCUGCUGGUCAAUAUUGCUCUAAUUCUUACCAUAAUAGUAGACAAACAUCUUCAUGAACCCAUGUACAUCUUCCUGUGUAAUCUCUGCAUCAAUGGACUUUAUGGGACGGCCGGAUUUUACCCCAAAUUCUUCUUUGAUUUGCUGUCCUCUACUCAUCUCAUAUCCUAUUCUGAGUGUCUUGUACAGGUCUUUGUCAUAUACUCCUAUGCUGCAGGGGACUUCUCUAUUCUGGCUCUGAUGGCUUAUGACAGACAUGUGGCUAUAUGUCGCCCUCUAGAAUACCUAUCAAUCAUGACCAAAGAGAGAGUUGCCUUUCUAGUAUGCAUGUCUUGGGUUGUACCCUUGUGUCUUGAGGUUGUUGUAAUAUUGAUGACAUCAAUGCUAGAAUUAUGUGGGUCUCACAUAGAUAAACCCUAUUGUGCCAACUGGUCCAUUGUUAAACUUUCUUGCACCUCAACAACCACCAACAAUAUUGUUGGUUUUAUAACAAUCCUUUUCUACUUUUGCCAUUAUGUGUUUAUUAUUUGUACAUAUGUGACCCUUGUCAAAACAUGUUUAAGAUCCACAGAAGGGAAGAAAAAGUUAAUGCAGACAUGUCUCCCACAUUUACUCUGUCUACAAAAUGUCUCCAUUGCCUUACUGUUCGAUCUUUUGUACACUCGAUAUGGAACACAAUCUGUACCACAGAAUCUCAGGAACUUCAUGGCUGUACAGUUUCUUGCCUUUCCUCCUAUUCUCAAUCCUCUCAUUUAUGGACUGAAUCUCAGUAAAGUUCGAAACAGACUUGGAGGUUUCUUAAAGACCAAGUAGGUUUUGAACAGUCCACCGUGAACAGAUUGAUCCAACUUGGAGGCUAUUCUAUAAUAAUUCCCCUAAGUUUCACGUCAUGUCUUACAAUAUGUUUGAUAAUAGCCAAGGAGGCUGGCGCAAUACCUAUAAAUAAUAUACAUAUAUACCUUGAACAAAGAAGUGUUAAUCAUGUAAACCUAAACUUUGCAGUAGUGAGAAGCAUGUUGCAAGACCAGAUGAACAAAGUAAAUGUUUCUUUAAAGGUGUGUUUAGCGGUUCCUACUUUAUGAAUCAAUGCAUUGUUGUUAUUUAAUAAAAAAAAAUGAUAACUGGUAAUCUGCUUUACAGAAAAAUGCAAGAGCUGUCCAGACUAAGAAUUUUGUCAUCUGUCUCGACUACAUAUAAAUAAAAGU